AUGUCGUGCCAGACCGCGCGUGUUCCAGCCGCGGCGAUCAAGUCGGCAUCCGCCGCCCGCCGCGGCGCCGCCCGCCGCGGAGGACGCGUCGCGCCCGCCGCGAGCGCCCGCGACGACGUGGCCCACGCGCAUCACCAUCAUCAUCGGGCGGCGACGGACCGCCCCGCGGACUGGAGAAGUCGCGUCGCCGCCGUCGGCGCGGCGCUCGCGCUGGCGUGCACGCCGCUGACCCCCGCCCUCGCGGACGAUGCGGCGGACCUCGCCGCCCCGGUGGUCGACGCGGAGGAGGCCGGCGCGCCGUCCACCCCCGGGCCGGUGGAUGAGCCGGAGCCCGUGGAGAUCGCCUUCGACGACGUCGAGGUUGGCCAGGCGCCGGACAUCGACGCGCAGCUCGCGAGGGACGCCGCGCAAAAGUCCGCGGGUCUCACCGACCUGGAGCAGAAAGCGGUGGACAACAACCUCAAGAUCAAGCAGUACAACAACGCCCCAGCCGAUUUCCCCACGUUCGUCCGCGAGGGCUACGACGUCCGCGUCAUCACCCCGCCGGGCUACGUCACGCAGGAUGAUGGUUUGGUGUACAAGGACUUCAAGGUUGGCGAGGGUAAGCUGCCGGAGGACGGCCAGGAGGUGACGUUCAACUACGUGGCGUACAACGAGAACGGCGGGACGAUCGACAGCACCUACCGCAAAGGGGUGCCCGCGUCCACCAGGCUGGGAAUCAACGGGAUGAUACCGGGAUUCGAGGAGGCGCUCAAGGGGAUGAAAGCCGGGGGCAGUCGGAGGGUGGUUGUGCCGCCGGAGCUCGGACCGCCGGUCGGGCCCGCGACGUUCUUCUCGUCGAAGCAGUGGGAGGUGUUCGACAUCGAGCUGAUCAAGGUGAAGAGCUGCGAGCGGCAACAGACCGGGUUCAUGACAUCAACGGUGGUGUGUACCGACUGA